UCGACGCAGGAAUUUUGAGGACGUUGUCAAAAAAAACUUGAAAACAAAAAAAAAUUAGGAAAAAGCAAAACAGUUCGGAAUCGUAUGUGGAACGGAGCGUUAUGUUCGGGGAUCCGGGCUAAAAAUAUUUACGUGUUUUUUGUAAAUUAUAGGACUGAAAAGUUCUUUCCCAAUUCUGGUGUGUAGUGACAAAUACAGUGUACUGUUUGGAUAAGUUAUGAAACACAAGGUAAAAUCACUCUUCGUUUUUGUUCAAGGUUUUGUUUGGAAUAGCCAUUAGGUUUCAUGGAUUUAUUAGAGCAGAUUGAUUUGUCUUAAUUAUCUUUUGCUUUGUGGGAGGCAUCUCAAAAUGUCGAACUUCAAUCAUGCAUCAGACAGAACUGGCAACACUGGCCCGCCUUCUGAAAUACCAAACCAGGCACACAGUGCACCUUCUGCUAGCAUUGUCGGUUUAGGGGGUACCACAUACACCUUUCCGGAUGUCACAAUAGUGGGGGGACCCGCUAGGAGCCCUAGAGGCCAUUCGAGAAGUGUAAGCCACGGUGGAGCCACUAAUAUAGUAGCGGGAGGUAGCAGUUCUGCCAGUGUGGUUGGCAGAUCAGCUUUGAAAGGAUCAAGAGGCCACCAGAGGGCGUUCUCCCAUGGCCAGAUCUCCGAGGCGGAGGUGUCCGGGGUCGGGCCGGAUAGACCUGGACACUCUAGGGGAGGUUCCAAGACUGAUUUUAUAUUGCCACCUGGACACAAAGAUACCGUUAGCGUCGAGGGGGCGGCCUCUAGGGUUAGUGCCAAGGGACAUUCUAGACAAGCUUCAAGGUCCGAAUCGAUUUACACACUUCGCCGAUCCGAUCCUCCUCACCUGUGGCAGAAAAUCUACUAUAGGCUCACGAGACGUUCGCCCAAGCACGAUCCGGAGGAGAGGAUCCGUACCGUAGUACCCAACCACACGGUUCCGCCAAAAACACCGCGCAAACAACAUCCGAACGGACGUCGGGCCGACAACCGUAUUAGGACUACAAAAUAUACCCUUCUUAGUUUUUUACCGCGGAAUUUACUGGAACAAUUUCAUAGGGUAGCGAAUUUGUACUUUAUUUUUAUAGUGUUACUGAAUUGGUUCCCGGCGAUCAACGCGUUCGGUAAAGAGAUCGCGAUGAUCCCGGUGAUGUUUGUGUUGGGCGUGACGGCGGUCAAAGAUUUGUUCGAGGACCGGAGGCGGCACGCGAGCGAUAAGAAUAUUAAUAAUAGCACCUGUAGGAUUUAUAAUAGUGAGCAUGCGAGAUACAGAAAAGUAUUAUGGAAGGAUGUGCGAGUGGGUGACCUGAUACACCUGUCAAAUAACGAAGUGGUGCCUGCCGAUAUCUUAUUACUAAGAUCCAGCGAUCCUAGCGGGAUAUGUUACAUCGAUACCGGUCAUCUGGAUGGCGAGACAAACUUGAAGCAGCGACAAGUGGCUAGAGGGUUUGUGGAAAAGCAAACUUGCUUUGAACCAAGCAAGUUCCGGAGCGACAUCGAAGUAGAAUCGCCUACAACGAAAAUCUACAGGUUUCACGGAUCCAUAGUGCACCCAUCGGGAAAACGAGUCCCUGUGGGCACCGAAAAUUUAUUACUUAGAGAAUGCUUGUUAAAGAAUACAGAUUUUAUUGAAGGAAUCGUAGUUUAUGCAGGUCAUGAAACGAAAGCUUUACUGAACAACGGCGGACCACGCUACAAGAGAUCGUCCCUCGAAAGACAAAUGAACCAAGACGUGCUGUGGUGCGUCCUAAUUUUGAUUUUUUUAUGCGUGGUUGGGGCCAUAGGAUGCAAACUGUGGCUCCUCACUUAUCCCAACCUGCCUCCUCCCUUCAGGGACGAGUAUUAUACUGAAAACGUUGAGGCUUUUUUGUCCUUUUGGACCUAUGUGAUAAUUUUACAAAUUAUGAUCCCUCUGUCUUUGUAUGUAACCCUAGAAUUGUGCAAAAUUUUACAAGUAUACCAUAUACACCAUAAUGCGGACCUUUACGAUCCUUUGAUGGACAAAAGGAUCGAGUGCAGAGCCUUGAAUAUAACCGAGGAAUUAGGGCAAAUACAGUAUAUAUUUUCCGAUAAGACUGGUACUUUAACAGAGAAUAGAAUGAUUUUUAGAAAUUGUAGUAUAGCUGGGAUUGAUUAUAACCAUCCGGCGUUAGAAAAUGAAGCUAAAAAUUCUAUUAAGCAAACCAAUUUAAGCGUAUUAGUAAACAAGAAGUUACUGAGUGAUCUCUAUCAAGAAGGCACCAUGUCCGACCAAAUUUUUAGCAGCAGAGCCUUACAUAGUGCCAGAAUCCAAGAGUUCCUUUUGCUCUUAGCAGUCUGCAAUACCGUUGUGUGUUCAAAUCAUCCGCAUCAUGACAUUAUGAACGCUAGUGGGAUCAUCGAAGCAAUUCCCAAUAUACCAACCGAUAUCGACGAUUCAAUAUCGAUCGCGCCAAAAACUGGUCCAAUAAAUGACAAAUACAGUAGAUUAGAAGAAUCACGCUCGGUCACACCAUCACCACCGUUAAACAGUUACGACUUAGAAAAAAGAUCUCAUAUGCCGACUUUAAGCACUAUAGACUCUGUGGAUAACUCGCCCGACUCCUUACAAAGUCAAAGCAGCUCGAGGUCCCUUAGGCCCAAACUGUUAAACAUUCCGAAUUUUUUAACUAGAAGGAACAACAGUAACACAAAUUUAACCGACGAAGAGAAGGUCAAAUUGAACCAAGCCUGCACUCCAUCGCCUCUUGAUUUAAAACCUAUUUACGAAGCGGAAAGUCCGGACGAACUGGCAUUGGUUGAUGCCGCUUAUAUUUACAAGUGUCGACUGUUAAAUCGAACCCCCACAGAAGUCACCGUGGACACUCCGAAUAGGGGCAGAAUGACCAUCAAAAUCCUUAUGAUUCUACCGUUCGACUCGACGAGAAAACGCAUGUCCGUUAUCAUCCGUCAUCCGAUUACCAACGAGAUCGUUUUAUACUGUAAAGGGGCGGAUACCUCCAUGAUACCUUUUCUGGUGCCAGCUGAAGAUGACUCGGAACAAGCGUAUAUCUUGAAUAAAACGCAACAGCAUCUAAGUGCGUAUGCCAGAGAGGGUUUGCGGGUGCUUGUGGUCGCCAAAAGGGUACUAAGCCAGCAGGAGUACAACGAAUGGUUUAGGAAACAUCAGGAAGUUGAACUGUCCAGCGAUAAUCUGGAUAAGAGGAUUCGGGAUAGUUAUAAUAGUAUCGAAAACAAUAUGGUGCUGUUAGGAGCCACAGGUGUAGAAGACCGUUUACAAGAAGGCGUUCCAGAAACCCUUUCCGCCUUAAUAUCCGCGGGCAUAGUAGUAUGGGUAUUAACUGGAGAUAAACCAGAAACAGCCAUCAACAUUGCCUAUUCCGCCAAGCUCUUUUCCCCCCAAAUGGAACUGCUAAAAAUCAUGGCCAGGUCAAAGGAAAGUGCUGAAAGCACUAUUCGUUGUUAUUUAGCUGACAUCAACAGGCAAUUAACGGAAGCAGAAAACAAUGCUCAAAAUAACCUUGCCGAAUUAAAUGCGAUUCCAUCGUGCAGCAAUGCGACACGUACUCGCACCCAAUCUACCACCAACAACCAUUUGGGUAGGGCGUUGGUAGUGGACGGCAAAACUCUUACUUAUAUUUUAGACAGAAGGUCGAACCUCACAAAGCCCUUCUUAGAGUUGACGACCCAUUGUAAUUCAGUAUUAUGCUGUAGGGCGACACCUUUACAGAAGGCAUAUAUCGUUAGGGUGGUCAAGGAAGAGCUUAAGAUGAGAACUCUUGCUAUAGGGGACGGUGCCAAUGAUGUUUCUAUGAUUCAAACUGCGGAUGUCGGCAUAGGUAUAUCGGGUCAGGAGGGCAUGCAAGCAGUGAUGGCGGCCGAUUUUGCGUUAUCGCGCUUUAAGUACCUCGAAAGAUUUCUGUUAGUGCACGGUCAUUGGAGUUAUGAUAGACUCGCUCGGAUGGUCCUGUAUUUCUUUUAUAAAAAUGCCACGUUUGUGUUCUUAAUAUUUUGGUACCAAUUUUACUGUGGUUUCUCCGGUUCAGUUAUGAUCGACCAAAUGUACCUUAUGCUGUAUAAUCUUUUAUUUACCUCACUACCUCCCAUUGCAAUCGGUGUGUACGAUCAAGACGCGCCCUACCGACUGCUACGAGAAAAACCGUAUUUAUACAGUCGAGGUCGAUUAGGCAAAGUUUACAAGUCCUACUCGUUUUGGUUAACUAUGGCGGACUCUUUGUAUCAAAGUGUCGUCGUGUUUUGGCUUUGCAAACUGGCCUACGACGGUAGCGACGCGGAUAUUUUUGAAUUCGGCACCGCUGCAACUACCGCGUGUAUGUGCGUCAUGUUACUUCACGUUUCUAUUGAAACAAGAUCCUGGACAAUUAUACACGCCGCCUCGAUAAUCUGCUCGAUAGGUGCUUUCUUCCUAUACUCGCUGAGUUACAAUACGUUCUGCGUAAACUGUUUUGGACUACCGAGCACUUAUUGGACCAUCCAGAUUUCGAUGCAGAGGCCGCAGUAUUGGUUGGUGACGGUGUUGGCGUCCGUCGUGGCCCUAUUGCCAAGAAUCUUAUAUAGGGUAUGCCAAACUAUGUUCACCCCGGACGAGGUGACGCGUGCGGUUAUCGCAGAUCGGAAGUGCCGCAGUAGAGGUGAGAAGUUUUCGGUCUCUUGGUCGCAAUCGACCUCCACGUCCUCUAUUUACAGAAGAACCAGUAACAGGAAUCAGCAUAACCCUCUAGCAGCCGUUACUUAAUGCUAAUCGACCAAAAACGAGAGGUAACAGGGAUGACAUAUUCGCUGAACUUAGUGAUCCUGCAUUUACGGGCUGUGAUGCAUAUAUUUAAGGGACCAACCGCAUUAUUUCAUUGCCUAAAUAAUACGGAUUUGAUUCUGAUUAGUGUUAAUGUAUUAGUUUUUUUUUUAUUUGUUUUGACAAUACAUCUUGUGCCAUGUCAAAGUUGUUGUGCAGCGGUCCAAGAUUAUAUUUCGCAGGUUAUUUAUUAAUUCCGCGGGAGUGCAUUGGUUACCAGUUGAAUUUUAUUUUAUUUUUAUGAAUUAUGACGGGACUGUUUUGAAGAAAAUUUUGCACUUUUUCGUUUUGUUUAUUUACUGGUUUAUAAUUAAAAAGUUGUGCCUUUUAGAUAGGUGACCGUUAUUUUCUUCAGUACAGUCUUUUAUUAGGUAAUUGUGUGUAUUUAUUUUAUAUAUUUAUUAUUGUAAAUAGCUAUAGAACGUGGUCCUAUCAGAGAAAGUAUAGAGCAUAUCAAGCGUAAGAAUAAUAUAACCAACUAUUUAUAAAGCAGCUGCCUGUGCUGAAUCUAUUUUUUAUACCUCGGGUCUUAGACGCCCUACUAAUUAUUAUUAAUAAAUUUUUAUUUAUAUAUAAACAUAAGUGGAAAAGACAAAUCUAACCCAAAACUCAACAGAUUUCGACGUAUUGGGUAUGUCACUUUAGAGUUUGACCAUUAUAUUAUGUUCAUAUGGGAUCUCGACCAAGAUCUCACAUUUUUUAUUCUUCGACUGUUGAAUCCUAGAAAAUUACAUGGAACCAGACCUCUCAUCUGGAUAUAUUCAAUAUUUUGUUGCCAUAUUUUUUUAAUUAUUAAUUUUAGUUAUAAUAAACAAUAUGGUCUUCUUGCAUACUAAAGGCAUUUUUUUCAAUAUAAGAAAAGGAAACAUUCGGCCCUAAGAUGUGAUUUUUUUAAAAUAAUGUCGACCUUGUAAAAAAAAUUUUAUGAUAGACAAUUUUUCAUUUUAAUAUUGAUUAAAAUCAACAACAUCUGCAAGGUAGUUUCAUAGUUUCGACCCCUUGAAUAAAUAAAUGAGGAAAUUCAAUAAAACACCUUGUAUCUCUGUUAUAAAGGUCAUCCACUAAUGAUCCCUAGUUGGGUGAAUUAAUAAUUCAUUUACGGUUAGAACUUUUAAAUAUUUUAGAAGGCCAUUACAUAUCUAUGGUUGAUUAAAAUCUUUGGAAUAUAAUUGCUUUAAUUCAUUAAAAAUAUUUCUUUUAAAUAUAUGUUUAAUUAAUAUUUACUAUGAUAAGCAUUAAACUACUUUGCCCAUUAUACACUGCUCAACAAUCGAAGUGGAUAUUAUAAAAAUCUGCAAUUUUAGUUUGCCAAUGAUUUACAAUAAAACAAAAUUAAAUGUAAUAAAUAAAUCUCUAUUAAGUUCACUCACAAUAGCCCCAAAAUAAAUAAACAGAUAUCUCCUAAAAAAUUUAAAUUUUUAACACACAACAGGAAAAAUUAAAAUAAAAUUAUACCCUGUAAAGCAAGCCCCAAAGUCCUGUCAUGAAAAUUAAUACCUCGUAGGUCCACCCCUGGCUCGUCUUAGUGCUGUCACCCUAUUUGGCGUACUUCUUAUUAAGUUGUUAAUGUAGUGUUGAGGAAUGUUUUGCCAUAUUUCCGGUAAUUGAUUGGCUAGUUGUUCUAAGGUUAGAGGUGCCUGUUCGAGCUGGUUUAAUCUUCGAGACAUUUCGGUCCAUACAUGUUCAAUGCAAUUCAUGUCGGGUGAAUGUGGUGGCCAGUCCAUUCUGAUAAUGCCAUGAAAUUCAAUGCGAUCAUUGACAAUUCUCGCACGGUGCGGGCGCGCAUUAUCAUCGAUUAAAACGAAUUCUUCACCUAUUGCACCAAAAAAUGGUACAAUUAUGUUCUCUAUAAUAAUGUCUCUAUAUCGUUCUCUAUAGCGUUCAUUGUUUCAUUUCUUAACACCACUAAAUCGGUGCGGCCAUCGAAACAUAUGCCUCCCCAAACACAAACUGAACCGCCACCAAAAAGGGUGUAGUGGGCGCCAUCAAAUUUUCAUGGUAUCGCUGUCCCCCAAAAUUCGACCAUCACACACGUGUAGCCGAAAUCUGGACUCAUCCGUAAUCAUACAAGACCUCCAGUUUUGAAAAUUUCAAUUACUGUGUUCUAUUGCCCACCGAUUUCUGCAUGCACGAUGUUCCCCCGUCAACCGUGGAUGUGUGGCACGUCGUCUGGCUCUUAAAUUGGACGCAUGUAAUCUUCUUCUAACAGUCUGAUUAGAAAUUACCCUCCCAGUAGCAUGCCUUAAGUAGCUGUUAAUUCUCGAAGCCGUAAAUGUUCGGUUUCUUUUUGCGGUUACUGUUAUAUAGCGGUCUUGAGCAUGAGUUGUAGCACGUUCUCGGCCUCCACCAUGCCUGUAAGCUGCAGACCCAGUCUCUACAUAUCGAUUCCAUGCACGACUCACGACACUUUGGGACACAUUUAACCGGUUAGCAACUUCUUCUUGAGUUAGGCCCUCCUGUAGCCAACGUACUAAUUGCUCGAGUUGCACUGUUUCUAACCAUCGUAGAACCAUUAUUUUUAAGAAAGUAAAGAGAUUUAUUGCUAACAAUGAGAAUAAUAAAGUCUACAAGCACUUUUAUGUGACUAAAUUGUUAGGAUUUUGAAACCGAAUUCUUUAAAAGAGAUAAGAAUGAACGACAAAAAAUAUUUGCUAUCAACAGGAUUUACUAAUAGCAUAAAACGCAACUUGAUGAAUUUUAUUUUUUUAGGCGAAUUUCGGUAAUUUAUAAAAUAUCCAGUUCGAUUGUUGAGCAGUUUAUAUGAAGUAUUUAGCGUGGUCAGGCUGAAAAAUAAACUAAUUGGAUCCGAAAAUAGCGGGUCUUCAAUAAUAAUAAUCGCCACUAAAAAGUGAUAUUGUCAUAAAUACAUAAUGAGAAAUUAUGAGAGAAUAAUGAGAGAUAAAGUCAAUCUAAAGGUUGAUCAUUAAAAGUUAUACAUCACACCCUCAUUAAACAACAAAAUUCCUUACUCCUAUUCAAAAUGCUCAGCCGCUACAAACAAUUUAAAUUUAUCUAAUUGUUGUUUUCCAUUUUUGCAAAAAAGCAAAUAAUGUAAAAAUUCAAGAAAGUUCAUAGAAAAGCUUUAUAUAAAUCCUUUGCAACAUUGUUUUCACCAAUAAAUGUCAUUUCUGAUCUUAUUACGAGUGUUAUAAGUUAUUGAAGUGACUGGAUUUCAUCUUUAACAUCUUCAAUAAAUUAUGUUGUUUUAUAGCAAUACUAAUAAAAUCAUUAAAAUCAGAAUUUACAAGUUAUGUAUAUAAUUUCAAUUAAGAAUUUGAAUUCUUUUAGAAUUAUUACACUUUUAUAAAAAUCCUGAGGAAUAUUGCUUGAAUAGGGUUUUCUUUUACCAGCCAUUUAAAAACUGCAGAUCACACAUCACUUCUGCCUUAAAUAAACGGUUCCAAGCAUCCUAAUUAGUAAAAAAGUUUAAAAUAUUUGCCUUGAAACAAAGACCCUUAAAAACUCACUAGUAUUCUUUUGAAAUUCUGAUGUUAUCCGUUUGUACGUAAAAUAUUUCAUAAUUCUGGGCAAUUGCUAUAUAAGCUGAAUACCGAACCCUGCAGCAACUUAUACGAAUAAUUUAGAUUACAAACAAAAAUAUUUAAUAACUUUGCACUGCUAAAUUCAAAUUAAACAUCUGUUUAAUAAUGUUGUCCGAAUGUAUUCCACUUUUCAACCCCGGAAACCUAAUUGAAUAGAUUGAAACCUAAGGCCAAUAAACUUUGUUAUUGUUAAUUACGUUUCCCAGGGGCUUUUAUGUCUACAAUUAUAUCUAUACUGUACCUUUAUAUUAGAGUGUAAACAUUUUAGCUCAAUUGUGUAAAUUUACACUGAACACAUAAAAAAAUACUAGAGACAACAAUUACUGAUAAUAUAUUUUUUUUCGCUUUGCUUAUCAGCAAUAAUAUUUUUUGUGUUCAGUGUAAACUACGUUUAUUAUAAUUUCCUAUUUUAUAAAUAGAUUUUUUACUUGCCAAUCUGUUAGCACAAUUUAAUAGAAAUGUAUAUUUUUAUAAAAAGCAUGAUUGUUACUAUAGUUGUUAUUUGUAUGAAUCUAUUGUACGUUAUUUGUUAAAAUGUUUAAUGAUCUACAGUAUUCCCGGCUUUUCACAUUUUCCUUUUCAGACGUAUUUUCGAAUUAUUUGUGCGUUUGGUAGUAUUUGUCUUCCUAGCUCUUAUUGAUAGAAUCAUUCUGAAAUGUCAAUAAAAACAAAUUUAUAGAGCACUGUUUUUUCUACACCUUGAUAAUUGAAGACAUAAGAACUAGAAUAAGCAAAAAUUUUGUUUUUGUACAGGGUUGCCCAAAUUCGAAAACUGAAAUUAACCUACCCCAUAAGACAUACAAGAUCGGUUAAAUUUUGACAAUUGUAUUAAAUAAAUUAAUGUUUAUAAAUUACGUUUAAGUUUAAUAGAAAUUUUAGAUGUUUUUUUAGCGUAAGAUAAAAGGAAGGAAAUAAUAAUGUAUUAGUAGCGCUUUUUUAUUGAGAAAUGAUGUCUUAACUGAAAUUCCGGCGUUUUGUCUUGCAUAAAUCAUUUUCAACUUUUAUUUUACUUAUUCAUUAAAAGCAAAUUAAUCUAACCUAACACCUAACAUUUUUGACCACAAGCAGUAUAAAAGUUACAUUUUAAUUCACUAUUCAAGACUCUCAUAGGACAACCUAAACAACAACCAUAGGCAAAAGGAAAUAGCUCAAUGAAACUUAUUUCACACUGCUAUUUAAAUGUCUCAAAAACGGAUUUCUACCUACAAAGCAGUCUAGCUGAACUGAGUAAUGGUUAGCUAGUUUGCUACCUCUAGUGACAAAAGAACUGCAUUCAUAAUUUGUCUUUUCAGAGAGUACGUGAAAAGAAGCUGCGUGUCUGAUCAAUCUACCAGGUAAAUGAAUUAUUGGAGUGGAGAAUGUCAUAGACGGUCACAAAUCAUGAUGUUAUCGACGAGUCUGAAAUCUAGGAAGAGUAGGUAAAGGAAUACUAUUCUUAAAAGCAGUAUACGUCAAACACUUCUGCUAGACUUGUUCAAAGAUUUGUGUGAGGUUGUUAUAAUGUGGUGGCCAUACACAGGACCUAUAUUCAAGGUGAGCACGAACCAAAGUACUGUAAAUGAGUUUUAUGGAAUUUAUGUAUUGAAAAUCUUUUGAUGAAGCCCAACAUUUGUAGAAACUGGGACACAGCUGACAUAACAUGAGACCAAAAAUUGAUCUGGGAGUCUACUGUAAUACCUAGAUCCUUCACACUAGAGACAACUUCCAAAGGGAUUCUUUCAAUGGAAUAAAUAUAACCUAGAGGGUUAACACUUUGACUAUAAAUCAUACAAUGACAUUUCCCAAUAUUUAGGUUCACAUAGUUGAUUUUACAAUAUGCAAGAAGCUGUUGGAGAUCAUGAUGCACUUUAAGGCAGUCACUAGGAUUUAAAGCUUUGCAAUAGAACUUGCGAUCAUCAGCAAACAAUAGGAACAUGCCGUAUUUAAAACAACUAGCACUGUCAUUAAUGUAGAGAGUAAAAAGGAGGGGUCCCAAGCGUCAAUCAUCUCCUUAGACUUGUAAUUACACACCAUCACAAGCUGCUACCGAUUAGUUAAGUAAUAUAAGUAGUAGCCAAUUGUAUAAGGAUUGGCUAAAGCUGAACUGAGAUAAUUUAUUCAACAAAAGAGCAAGAUUUACACGAUCGAAAGUUUUUGAGAAAUCAGUAUACACUGCGUAUAUCUGACCUUAAAAAACCUGUGUAACAAAAUAAUGUACAAGUUUUUCGAAUAACUUUGGAACAACACUGAGGAUGCUUAUUGGUCUAUAAUUAUUAACCUGAGCGUGAUAGUCAGAUUUUGGAAUCGGUGUGAUAAACUUGUAUUUCCAAAAUUCAGGACAAAUCCCAGCUUUCAAGGAUAAAUUGAGGUAUUAUGAAGCUACAUUUUUUCAAAAAAAUAGUAGGCAAGACAUUAGACCUUUAGAAGCAUCUAAAUCACUCAACCCAGCAUAGACAUCUGAAACGGAUAAGUUUAAAUUGGGAAUAUAUAGAUUAUUCAUUGUUGAAGUAAAAUUUUUAUAUUAUUAUUGCGAGUUAUGCUCAGUGAAAAGAACAUAUCGGUUAUAAGACUCUUUUUUUUAUAAUUUCACAAUUUGAUCCUGUUUCAGAAAGAAUGUUAUAGUCUGCUAACAAUUUGGAAACCAUAUAUUUCUUAUGAGCUAUCUUUUUUGAGAGUAUUAAUUAUUUCAAGCGAAAACGAAUACGGAAAUUUUUUUGUAUAACAGUAAAAGCACAAGGCAGUCUAUACAUACAUAAACAAUUUUAUAAAAUAUAUUUAACGUAUCGUUCAAGGAUUUAUCUAACAAUAAUUUAUUCAAACUGUGACAUAAAAUCUAAAAUUGCUUUCCAGUCAGGAGAGUUAAAAUCCCUGUAAUAACAACUGCCUGAGAAUUGAAGAGAUUUGUCAGUUAAGGCACAUUCUAUGGAAAAAAACCAUCAAGUUCCAGCAACCUAACUUCCUGAGUAAGGACAUCAUUGGAGGGUACAAACACAAAAUUCAAAAUUGAGCCAGUUGCAUUAGAUUAUUAUACAUUUUCAUCCUGGAUUUUUUAUGUUUUGUGGUUUAUUCAUUCUCAUCAUUAAGUAUUGUAACAUAUAAUACUUUAAUCACAAAAUCUAUGGAGAAAAGCACAAUUAAAACCUAUCUCCGACUGGCACGUCAUUUUUGCAUUAAAUUGACUUCUGUCAAAAUCAUAAUAGAACAGUAGUUCUGGUGGUAGAAUCGCAUGAAAAAUUGACUUUUCCCUAUUCACAUUUUGGAAGUAGAGUUCUGUCAAAAUAAUGUAAUGUUGAGUAAUCGUUUUUUUAUUAAAAAGAAAAUGUAUAUUGCAUCUUGUCGUUGAGCAGGGAAACCCCCGGAUUUUAAUUAACACACUAACGACACAAAAAAUUUCAAUCCUAAAUAUAUUGGGCAUGAGCUCUAUGUCAGAGCUGUAUUUGAAAAAAUAAUAUUAAAAAAAGGUAGAUGAUGGGCGCCAAGAGACGAAACGUCGUAACACAAAUUUUAAAUUGCUAUCAUAGUAGGGCGUAGUAUCAAUAAGAAAGUGUAAGGUAUUUUGCUCUAUGGCUUUGGGAAAAGAAUUAAAAAAAAAUCAAAAUCUACAGCAUUAAACUCUAAUUUUCUAAUGACAUGUUAUAUACAAGGAGAAUAAGAUGCUGAUCCUUAAGGGUGUUAGUCCUUAGUGUUUUUAAGAAGAAAAGUUCAAAUAAAGCUUGUCUUAAACACCUUAAUAUGUGAGCUACAGGGUAAUAAAAUCUUAAGGAAAAAAUCGUUUCUUCACUUCACUACUAACUUCCUAGAUAUAUUUAUGAAAUUUAGCACACACCCUCUGAGUAUCAACAGCUAUUUUUUGAUGUAGAAGUUUUUUAAAGUUUAACCAGUGGCGUCCGUACAGGAACAAAGACUACAUAUUAAAAAAACAUAUUGCCAUUGCUUUUGCUUAAAAUAAAAUCUUUUUUUAUAUUCCCCACUCAUGUUAGGGCAAAUUCAUUUAAAAAAAUAUAAACAUACGCACAGGGUGGCCAUUUUAUUAGAGGCUGGCUUUUUAAAAUCUAGAGUUUCGGAAAUAAACUCCUGGACAAAAUUAUCGCACCACUAAUUAUGUUGUCAAGAAAAUUUAAAUAAAAAUAAAUAUCAGUUAAAACAGUUAUAUCUUUUCUCGUAUAAAAAGCAGAACUGGACAAAAACUAUGUUUAUGCUUUAUCAUGGAACAUGCUGCUCGUGAGGAGUGAGAAUACAUCCGCAGGAAAGUUUUCAUAAUUUGAUACGAGGAUUUCAUUAUGGGUCUAUUGUUUUAUUUUUGUAUCAAAAUUGAAGUUAGUGAAAAUCGAUGCUUUUCCUUGUAUUGAAUUAAGUUACUUAAAUCUCGUUUUGUUAAAUAGAAUAUAAUUGUUUUUGUUAAUUAAUAAUGCAUAGUUAACAAUGCUUAUAAGUUUGCUUAUUUUUUUAUCUUUAUUAAAAAAAAAUCUCUAAAAAUCAAGUGGUGCGAUAAUUUUGUCCAGGAGUUUAUUUAUAAUUUCAUUAAAGUGAUGUAAUUUUAAUAACUGUUAUAACUUUCAACAAUAAUAACGCUCUUUGACCAAUUUCGUUAAUUUAGUAUUUCACCUUAGUAGACUGUGACAUACGAAGGUUGCCUUUAUUUCUCCCAAGGAACCUAAAAAUAUACGCAAUGUCCCAUUUAAAAUUCUGGUGUUAAAGUCGGUGCAGCACUUUAUGAACACCCUGUAUUGAUGAAACUCAAAUAAUUUAAAAAUUCACUUAAAACAAAAACAAUUCUGUAAGAACAUUUUUUAGACACCCUGUAGAUUCUGAGAAAAAUGAUGGGCCUCUAAAAAUGGCCACCCUCUACAUUAUUUUACCACAACUAGAUUAGCGGUACUUUAAUAUUAAAUAGUUUUUAAAAAUUUCAUAGAAGUCUCAUAAAUUUUGUUCUAAGGGUGACGACUUCAACAUCGUAGCUCUCAGGUUAAGGAGUUAAGCUCUAUUUGAACAUUUCUUCUUAAAAUUACCUAAAGAUAACACCCUUAAGGAUCAGCAUCUUAUUUUGUAAUACUCUGUGUAACAUUGGAUCAUGUUUGUGUUAAUUUAAUAAGUCUUAUACCAGCAUCUUGGAGACAGAAUGGCUGAUCUAUUAAUCUAUUAAUUACAUUUAAAUUUUUGGAUUUUUCCGGGAAUAUUAGGAAAAUCAUUUUAAUGACUACGAAAUUACGCAGCUUAGCGAUAAUUUACCGACCUUGUAUCUCUUACCACCUCGAAUUUGAGAUACCCUGUACCCAUUAUAACCGUCGAAAGAAAACAAGCUUUUUUUUUUUCAAUAUUUUUUAUUUCUUUUUAUAUAAUACUUAACACUAAUUUACUCUAAUUUAUAUGUUCAAGUAAUAAAUUAGGAGGGAGUGUUGAAUAAGUU